AUGCUCUUCUGGGCGGCAGAGACGACUGCGUUAACGACUGCGACGUUCCCAGUUGUAGUUGUGCCACAGACCAGACUUGCAUCUUGUACUCAAUGUGCAUUUUAUGAAUGCCAGGACAAUCCACAACCUUCUUCCACCUCUAGUAAAGGCAUCAGUGCCGGUGCCGUUGCCGGCGCUGUUGUUGGUUCCUUGGUUUUCCUUGCUAUAGUUUUUGUACUCUUUUUCUGGUAUCGCCGCAGUCCGCGCUUCCGCAGCACCGCUCCUACGGUAGAGGUCAAAGAUGUUCCCGCAUCAGCAGAUGACGUUUUGAAUCGUCCCGAUCCUAUGGAGAAACAUCACUCCUCUACGUCUGCGCCUGCUACGGAGCUGAAUACUGUUCGCGUGUAUUCCACUUCUUCAAACACAACCAUCGACCUCGAUCCAGAAUCACAGUCCUCAUCUAAUCACACCACUGGGACCAACACUCAGAGGACCUCAAUGCGCUCUAAUCCCUUCGAGGAUAACCAUUCCAUUCAAACUACCGGCACGGAAGGAACCAACGUUAUCCCUAUCGCCCUUGUUACUCCCGAUUCCCUGCACCACUCUGCAGUUUCGUCAGAGACGGAAACCUCUCGAUCUCCAUCGCCUAUGCGUCCUGCUCGCACUCCGGAAAUCGACCUCAAUCUGGAUCAUAUAAAUGUGUCUCAUGAUUCGCUAAAGCAAAUAGGGAAUUAUCCAACGUCCACGCGUUCGGAUGUAUCAGCCAUGUCGAGGAACUCGUACAUGUCGAGCGCUAGCUAUUCAAGUGACUUCCUUAACGAAGCACCUAUGAUCAUGACUCCCAACAAGGGCGCUGUACGUCAAGUUCUUGGGGUCGUCAAAGCUGAAAUGGUCAAUGCCCCCGGACAUUCCCCGACAAGUGCUGAAGGACUGAAACCUUCUGCAUCUACCUCGAAACCCGCAGUCAGAUCACCGUUGGCUGCAUCAUCUUUCGGGCCGGCUGAUCUCAACUUCGAUGCAGCAUCUGUCUCAACGUCAGAGGAAGGCGGAAAUCCGUUUAGUGAUAGGCACUCAACCCGUACCACACUGGCUUCUUCACCAGCAGCUUCUCAUACAACCUUUGGCGAACCCUCUCCUGCUUUCAAUACAGGUACGGAUUGGGCAGAAACUGGACCUCGACUUCCUUGGUCUACAGGUGACGAUGGCAGUCGCCCUUCCAGUGUCAGUACGCAAGCAGGUUCGGUUAUCGAUAUCGCUAACGCUACUCGUGUCAACCUCGGUCUAAGUCAACUAAGCAGGGAAUCGGGUGUAUUAACUCCUAGAACCCGUACCACUAUGGGCAAGCUUGUGAACCCUUCCACCGCUACUACUGAGCUAGACACCUUUGAAGAACAACAGCAACGAGCGCUUGCUCAUGCUCAAGCGCAGGCGCAAGCACAAGGUGGGGUUCAGAGUAGGAGAAUAUCUGCAUCAUCAGCUAUGUCUGCUACAGCAGACUCUAUCCUCGAAUCAUUCCCUUUUGUUCCUCCGUCGCCCAUUUCAAAUCGGCCGGCUAGGUCGCCGCCCCUUUCACCGCUUGCGCAACAGGCGUUCAAUGUAUCUCCUCCUUCACCAAUGAGCUCCCAGAACUUCCAAGCUACGCCGUUCGACUCGAAGUUGGACUCCAAUGCUGUAGUGCCCACUCCAAACAGAAAGACGCUGGGCUUGUCCACCGGCUCUCAGCUCUCUACAGUCUCCACUGGUUUGGGGUCUUUCCCUUUCCAGAUAGACACUGGUAACUCCAGGGAUUCGACGGCCCCUUCGGCUUUCAGUGGACGCCAGCGCGCAAGUCUUGAUACAUUGGCUAUCACCAGUGAUCUAUCAUCUUUCCCGCUAGGGUUUGAUAGAGACAGUGUCACAGUUCCCGUUCCACGUCGGGCUUAA